AUGCUUCCCCGCUCCCGCCAAGAUUGCUAUCUAGGAACACAGCGGGGAAAGCUUAUAAGAACCCCACUCUGCUUCUGUGAAGAGUCCCCAACGGCCCCUUCGAACUCCUGCUUCUGCCUUCUCUUGUUAACAAUGAAACGAACUAUCCUCUCUGCAUUCAUCGCCUUCGCUUUGGGCGCCUCUUCCGUCCAAGCUGCCAUCAACGACCCUUGUUCCGUCAAUGGCACUCCCGGUGUCUGCCUGAGCACGACCACCUGCUCCGCUGGAGGAGGUCUCUGCCCUGGCCCAGCGAACUUCAAAUGCUGUCUCCCCGGCUCUUCAUGCACAGCGCCAAACGUGAACACCCGCACGCUCGAUCUAAUCAAGCUCUCCGAAGGCUUCGUCGCCUCCCCUGAGCCAGACCCAAUCGGUCUCCCAACCGUCGGGUACGGCCAUCUCUGCCAACGAACAGGAUGCACCGAAGUCCCCUACUCGUUCCCUCUCACCCAAGCACAAGCACACGCCCUCCUCAUCAGCGACCUUCGCACCUACCAGAACUGCAUCGCACGGGACAUCGUCGAUUCCGUCAGGUUGAAUGAUAACCAAUACGGUGCGCUGGUAUCGUGGGCAUUCAAUGUCGGAUGUACGAACACGGCUUCGUCGACGUUGAUUAGGAGGUUGAAUGCGGGUGAGAAUCCGAAUACGGUUGCUGAGCAAGAGUUGCCCAGGUGGAACAUGGCUGGCGGACAGGUUUUGCCUGGAUUGGUCACUCGUAGGGCGAGGGAGGUCACGCUUUUCAAGACUGCUUCGAGCGUUAUUGCCCACCCGCCCCCUUGCUAA